AGAUGCUGGAAGCAGAUCUGGUUUCAAAGAUGCUACGAGCUGUUCUGCAGUCUCAUAAGAAUGGAAUAGCAUUACCCCGGCUCCAAGGAGAGUACAGAUCCUUGACUGGAGACUGGAUCCCCUUCAAACAGCUAGGUUACCCUACACUAGAAGCCUAUCUGAGAAGUGUGCCAGCAGUUGUCAGGAUAGAGACUAGUAGAUCUGGAGAGAUUACCUGCUAUGCCAUGGCCUGCACAGAAACUGCAAGAAUUGCUCAGCUUGUGGCUCGUCAGAGGAGUUCUAAAAGGAAAACUGGACGGCAAGUUAAUUGUCAGAUGAGAGUGAAGAAAACCAUGCCAUUUUUUCUAGAAGGAAAACCAAAAGCAACCCUCAGACAACCAGGAUUUGCUUCAGAUUUUUCUAUCAGCAAAAAACCUAAUCAAACACUGUUAAGAGACAAAGGAAACUCUCUUGGAGUUAAGUCUGAUGCUGAAAUGCCACCUUAUACAUUACACACAACUCUUGGAAAUGAAGUAUUCAAAGACAUUCCAGUGCAGAGGCAUGUGACCAUGUCCACCAACAACAGGUAUUUGGGUUUUUCAAGAACCUGUAUUAAGGAACUGAGUGAUAAUUUAAAUCAGACUGUUGAAAAACCAAAUGUCACGCCUCCUGCCUCUUACACUUAUAAAAUGGAUGAGGUUCAAAACCGAAUAAAGGAAAUACUAAACAAGCAUAACAAUGGCAUUUGGAUAUCUAAGCUUCCACAUUUUUACAAAGAGUUAUAUAAAGAAGACCUUAAUCAAGGAAUUUUACAACAGUGUGAAAACUGGCCUCAUGUUUGCACGGUGGAAAAGCCUGGCAGUGGUGGCCAAGAUUUACUUCUUUAUCCAGCUAAGAGAAAGCAGCUUCUGAGAAGUGAACUGAACACUGAAAAAGGACCUCCAUCCCCGCUACCUGCUCUCAAGCAAACAUCACCAUCAAAAGGGUGUUCAACAGUUAUACCAGGAGACUUUAAAGAGAAAGUGGCAGAGCUGCUGGUGAAAUACUCAAGUGGCCUUUGGGCCAGUGCACUCCCAAAAGCAUUUGAGGACAUGUACAAAGUGAAAAUCCCCAAGGAUGCCUUAAAAAAUCUUGCCUCACUUUCUGAUGUGUGCACCAUAGACUACAUUUCUGGAAAUCCCCAGAAGGCCAUUCUCUAUGCUAAACUUCCAUUGCCCACUGACAAAGUCCUAAAGAAUGAAGGGAAAGCAUGUGGUGAUGGUGAUAUCAAGGCUAUGAUUCAACAAGAAUAUUUGCAAUUAGAAGAAAAUAUGGCUGAAAAUGCCGAUACCUUUAUGGAGGACAUAACAGUUCCUCCUUUGAUCAUUCCGACCGAGGCAUCCCCAUCUGUGUUGGUGGUUGAGCUGAGCAACACAAAUGAAGUGGUUAUUAGGUAUGUGGGCAAAGACUAUUCUGCUGCUCAGGAAUUAAUGGAAGAUGAGAUGAAGGAAUAUUACAGUAAGAACCCUAGAGUCACACCAGUCCAGACUGUGCAUGUUGGGCAGUUGCUGGCCAUAAAUGCUGAGGAAGACGCUUGGUUACGGGCACAGGUCAUCUCAACAGAAGAGAACAAAAUAAAGGUAUGCUAUGUUGACUAUGGUUUUAGUGAAAGUGUUGAGAAGAGCAAAGCAUACAAAUUGAACCCGAAGUUUUGUUCACUCUCGUUCCAAGCCACAAAAUGUAAGCUUGCAGGAUUGGAAGUUCUAAGCGAUGAUCCUGAUUUAGUGAAGGUGGUUGAAUCUUUAACUUGUGGAAAGAUCUUUGCAGUGGAAAUACUUGACAAAGCUGAUACUCCACUUGUUGUUCUGUACGAUACAUCAGGAGAUGAUGAUGUCAAUAUCAAUGCCACCUGCUUGAAGGCCAUAUGUGACAAGUCACUAGAGGUUCACCUGCAGGUUGACGCUAUGUACACAAAUGUCAAAGUGACUAAUAUUUGCUCUGACGGGACACUUUACUGCCAGGUGCCUUGUAAGGGUCUAAACAAGCUCAGUGACCUUCUACAUAAGAUAGAAGACUACUUCCAUUGUAAGCACAUGACCUCUGAGUACUUCGUUUCAUUACCCUUCUGUGGGAAAAUCUGCCUCUUCCACUGCAAAGGAAAUUGGUUACGAGUAGAGAUCACCAAUGUUCACAGCAGCAGGGCUCUUGAUGUUCAGUUCCUGGACUCUGGCACUGUGACAUCUGUAAAAGUGUCAGAGCUCAGGGAAAUUCCGCCUCGGUUUCUGCAAGAAAUUAUUGCAAUUCCACCACAGGCUAUUAAGUGCUGUUUAGCAGAUCUUCCGCAGUCUAUUGGCAUCUGGACACCAGAUGCUGUGCUUUGGUUAAGAGAUUCUGUUUUGAACUGCUCAGACUGUAGCAUUAAGGUUACGAAAGUGGAUGAAACCAGAGGGAUUGCACACGUUUAUUUAUUUACUCCUAAGAACUUCCCCGAUCCUCACCGCAGUAUUAACCGCCAGAUUACAAAUGCAGACUUGUGGAAACAUCAAAAGGAUGUGUUUUUGAGUGCCAUAUCCAGUGGAGCUAGUUCUCCUAGCAAAAAUGGCAACAUGCCCAUGUCAGGCAACACACUUGUGUCAGGCAACACUGGACAGAAUUUCAGAAAGAGCCUCACAGAUGUCAUCAAAAAGUCCGUGGUGGACCAUACCAACUCUUUCUCCUUGGAGGAACUUCCACCCCCUGUGGUCUUAUCAAAGCCAGGGGAACACAUGGAUGUGUAUGUACCCGUGGCCUGUCACCCAGGCUACUUUGUCAUCCAGCCUUGGCAGGAGAUACAUAAGUUGGAAGUUCUGAUGGAAGAGAUGAUUCUGUAUUACAGUGUGUCUGAAGAGCGCCACAUAGCGGUGGAAAAAGACCAAGUGUAUGCUGCAAAAGUGGAAAAUAAGUGGUACAGGGUGCUUCUAAAAGGAAUCCUGACCAAUGGACUAGUCUCCGUGUAUGAGCUGGACUAUGGCAAGCAUGAGUUAGUCAACAUAAGAAAAGUACAGCCCCUGGUGGAUCUGUUCCGAAAGCUGCCCUUCCAGGCAGUCACAGCUCAACUUGCAGGAGUGAAGUGCAACCAGUGGUCUGAGGAGGCUUCAAUGGUGUUUCGAAAUCAUGUGGAGAAGAAACCUCUGGUGGCACUGGUGCAGACAGUUAUUGAAAACACUAACCCUUGGGACCAGAAAGUAGUGGUCUAUUUAGUGGACACAUCACUGCCAGACACUGAUAUCUGGAUUCAUGAUUUUAUGUCGGAGUACCUGGUUGAGCUUUCAAAAUUUAAUUAAUCAUUGCUUCUGAGACCUUGACAACUAAUUCAGAUUUUUUAGCAAUAACAUAAUGUAGUAGGCUUUUUAAAAAAUCUUAUUUCUGCUACAUGGCUCUGACUGCUGUGGGGGAUUGAAAAGAAUAUGCUUAAGUUAGACAAAAGAUAUUUAACGAGUUUUGUUUUAACAGAGUUGACUUUGAAAAGAGAAUUAAACUUGAAUUAUUAUUAUAAUAUUAGAAUAAAAAUGUUUAUCAAUAUAAAA